CUCCACCUCCUCCUAACGGUAAACACACUCAACUACAAACUCCUGGAGCACACAGCCAGCGAUCCCUCCGCAACAGCUGAAUAAAAACUUGAGCGGGACGGACGGAGAGAGCGAAAGGAGAAGAGAGAGAGGGGAGAGAGAGGGGGAGAGAGAGAGAGAAAAGGACAGAGGGGUGAGGGAACGCAGAGUGCCUGUUGGGGUCAGAGAAUGGCGGAGAGCCGGAAUGAUCCGUGUUCUUUUUCAGAUCGGCAAAUGUAAGCCGGCGAUUCUCAGUCGCGGGAAAGCAAUCCAUUUGAAAGGGCGAAGGGGAACAAGCGGAGCCGAAGGAGAAGCAGGAACCGCGCCGCCCAGACGCCGUCGGUGCUGCUCCCAUUACAGCCCGAGAUGUUCUGUCAGUCGGGAAUGCGAUGGGUGCUUAUGUGCGCUUUUCUGCAAGCGGUCUCACCCAGAGGAAGCGACGGACGGCUGAAGCAGUGUGACACACCUAGAUCGCAGAGCGAUAUGAACUCCUUCCUGUGGACGGUCAGACGCGAGCCCCCGCUGCCGCCCUCCUACCUCUUCGGGACGAUCCACGUGCCCUACACCAGGGUGUGGGACUACAUUCCCGAGAGCUCCAAGCAGGCCUUCCAGACCAGCACCAACGUGUACUUCGAGCUGGACCUGACCGACCCGCUGACCAUCUCCAAGCUGACCAGCUGCCAGCUGCUGCCACAUGGCGAGAACCUGCAGACGCUGCUUCCCCGUGACCUCUACCGCCGCCUCAAGCGCCACCUGGACUAUGUCAAGCACAUGAUGCCGCUGUGGAUGACGGCCGACCAGCGUGGGCGGGGCCUCUACGCCGACUACCUGUUCAACGCCAUCGCAGGCAACUGGGAGCGCAAGCGGCCUGUGUGGGUCAUGCUGAUGGUGAACUCGCUCACUGAGUGGGACGUGCGUUCACGGGGGGCCCCCGUGCUUGACUUAUUCCUGGCCCAGGAGGCCGAGCGGCUGGGUAAGCGGACUGGUGCCGUGGAGAGAGUGGAGGAGCAAUGUCAUCCACUCAACGGGCUCAACUUCUCGCAGGUUCUGUUUGCGCUGAACCAGACCCUGCUGCAGCAUGAGAGCGCCCGGGCGGGCAGCGUGCCGGGUUCCUACACCACCGAGGAUCUCAUCACCCACUACAACUGCGGUGACCUCAGCUCCAUCAUCUUCAGCCACGACACCUCGCAGCUACCCCACUUUGUGAACAGCACCUUGCCGGACCAUGAACGCAGCACGGCCCAGCAGAUCGACAGCUACUUCCGCCGUGAGCUCAUCUACAAGCGCAACCAGCGCAUGGCACACCGUGUCUCCGCACUCAUGCAGCGCAGCCCCACGCAGACCUUCUUCUUCGCCUUUGGGGCGGGCCACUUCCUGGGGAACCACAGCGUGCUGGACAUACUGCGACAGGAAGGCUACGAGGUGGAACACACGGCACCAGGACAGCCAAUCACAGAGUAUCCAGCCCACUCCGGGGAGGUCACGGCGGGCCCCGGCGUGGAGGGGGACACAGGUGCCACUGACGACCCCCCAGGCUGGGAGAGCGGCUCCCCGGGGCCCGGAGAGGGCCGGGACGGCCUGCCUCAGCUGCUGCUGCCCGACAGCCUGAGCCAGCUGGAGGAGUUCGGGCGGCAGAAACGGCCCAGGAAGCACCAGCACACCCACAGCCGGCCCCGGCUCUUCAGCGACCUGUGGGUCCGAAUGGAGGCCAGCACCACUCCCCUGGCCAACAUCAGGAUAACGAACGGCUAUGUGACAGUGGAGCCCCCCCUGACGCAGCAGGAGCAGCGUCGCCGGACUGUCGGCACCCCCUGGGAACGUCCUGUCGGCUCGGCCACGCCCCUCGCCCCGCUGAACUUAGCCUCACGUGACACUGGCCACGCCCUCACCUGCCUAAUAACCUGCCUGCUUCUACACAUGUCAUUCACCUCCUGACCCCAAGGGGGAGCCACUCAUUUCUAGGUGCUGACUGAAUACAUUAAUGUCAAGCCCAAUGAUGCCAGAGAUCUUUCAUACAGACCACUUCCCACCUUAGAAAACCAAAGAAACACCCCAGCUCCGUGCCUGUGGACCGUUCCAGCAGCUUCCUCUCAACACGGAUUCAGACUGUAGUACAGAACAGGGCUUUUUCCUACCUUACUUACCUUGCUGAGCAGUUCCUCUCUAAUCAGACAGCAAUAAUAGUGAUACUGAUAAUGACUUUAUAAACACACUUAUGUAAGGCAAAAUGAAGACUGACUUUGUCCCACAAAUGCAGUGGCCAAGGAGAAACAGAGCGGUAUACUUCAAAAAGACUACAAAUCUCUGGAAAGGCAUAGCAAUAAUUAAAAAAUAUAUAAUUAAUAUGGAGAGAGACUGGAUUCUAAUUUUUUACGUCUACCACUGUAAAUAAUAAUAAUAAUAAAAUAAUAAUGUAAUUCUACUAAUGACCGUAACAACUCAUUGACGUCUUCUAGAAGCGCCCUGCCUCUGUGGUUUUUGUAAAUUGUGCAUUUGUUCAUAAAGAAAUAUUGUGUAUUUA